AUGCAUUUUUCGCAAUUUCUGCUUGCGGCGGCUGCUAUUGCACCGGCACUCGCACAGCUGUCGGGCAAGGUCGGGCCUUUAACCACUCACGCGGCCAAAACGGCUAAGAAGAGCUGCAACGUUAUGGAUUAUGGCGCGAAAGCGGAUAAGUCCACAGAUCUUGGACCAGCCCUUCUCAAGGCAUUCAGUGCUUGCAAGGCAGGUGGUACUGUCGUUGUUCCUUCCGGAGACUAUGCCUUGAACACCUGGGUUACGUUUGAGGGUGGCAAGGCGUGGGCGCUGCAGCUUGACGGCAUCAUCUAUCGCACGGGUACCGAAGCUGGGAAUAUGCUGUUCAUCAGGAAUGCCAACGACUUCGAGAUGUUCAGCAGCACUGGCAAGGGUGCUAUUCAAGGCAAUGGUUACCAAGACCACAAGAACGGCAAGCGAAAUGGCGCGCGUCUUCUUCGCAUUGAGAAAUCGAACAACUUUGGGAUCCACGACAUAGUUCUUGUCGACGCGCCCAUGUUCCACUUCGUAAUCAACAACUGCACGAACGGCGAAGCCUACAACAUGGCGAUCCGUGGAGGCGACUGGGGUGGUCUCGACGGUGUCGAUGUCACCUGUACCAACUGCUGGGUACAUGACAUCAUGGUGACUAACAAAGACGAGUGCGUUACCGUAAAGUCGCCUUCCAAGAAUGUCCUAAUUGAGAGCAUCUACUGCAACUGGAGCGGUGGCUGCGCCAUGGGCUCUCUCGGCGCUGACACAGCCAUCUCCUCCGUUGUAUACAAGAACAUCUACACCUGGAAAUCUAACCAGAUGAUGAUGGUCAAGUCUAACGGUGGUAGCGGCUACGUCGAAGAUGUUGUUUUCGAGAACUUCAUCGGUCACGGCAACGCCUGGUCUCUAGAUAUCGACCAAAAGUGGGCUUCGAUGAGCACUAUUGCUGGCAAUGGCGUGCAGUUGAGCAACAUGACAUUUAAAAAUUGGAAGGGAACAGUCGAAUACGGUCUGAACCGCGGGCCUGUCAAAGUCGUCUGCGCAGAAAAGGCGCCUUGCACAGACAUCACCAUUGAGGAUCUGGCUAUGUGGACUGAGAAAGGCAGCAACAACAUCUAUCAAUGCCAGAAUGGUUACGGUAGCGGAUUUUGCUUGAAGAAGGGAAGUGGGAGCGCUUAUCCAGCCACUACCAGCACUCAAACUGCCGCACCCACUGGUUACUCUGCACCUACUAUGAAAGAGAACCUCCAGACUGCGUUUGGUACAGCCAGUCCCAUUCCUAUUCCUACGAUGCCGGCAAGCUUUUACCCAAACACACCACCGAUCACGAAACUUGCUGGCAAUUAA